CCCGUUACUCAGAACUCAUACUCAUACACUGCAGAUACACAUUCAACCGGUGGAAUUGAGGAAACUUCAAGUUAAGGGGUUAUUUCUUCUACGCAACAUUGGGAAAUAUUGUAUUUAAGAAUUAAAUACAUACAGUAGAGUACAAUGGUUUCUUUCAGAGUUAUAUUUUUACCAGAAAACAUGUCGUGUAACUUUUAAUUUUGACUGGGUCUGACUUGGACUUACCGAAGCGUUCAUAAGUUGUUUUACAUGCUGCCUUUGACGCAGAAAGCCGAGCUGUGGACUUGGAGACUUUUCAGAAAUUAUGAAGACCAAUUUUACGAACAUUUUUUGUUGGAUGAUAUUGCAUAAUGCGUGAAUGAUUCUCGAUUUAUUUCAAAGGAGCUACUUUAGCUUUCAGUGAGAACAAGGAGCUAAUUUGAAGAAAAACAAUUGAAACUUAUUGAAACCGUACGUCAGAGACACACUGACUAGAAACUGGACAUACAAUGACAAGCUGUUGGUUUGCCUUUGUGGGUUUGUGGUGGAGCGCUUAUUGCAUGUUCCUUAUUGCAGGUAGCAAUUAUUUAUUCGAUGGGAACAACGAGGUACACCCAAGUUUCAUUCACCGGCGGUUGCGGACUCACGAAAAGAGAGAGAUGCAGAAGGAGAUCCUCUCCAUCCUUGGACUUCCACACAGACCCAGACCGCAUCUGUCACAUGGAAAGUACAACUCCGCUCCGCUCUUCAUGCUGGAUCUUUACAAUACGAUAUCCAGCGAGGAGAAAAACGAAGUGGAGGGCAUGUUGGAACAGUACCAGUCCAUGUACACCACCCAAGGUCCCCCUUUGGCAACAUAUCAGGAGAAUGCCUUCCUAAAUGACGCCGACAUGGUGAUGAGCUUUGUCAAUUUGGUGGAGGACGAUAGAGAGCUGUCGCCACACAGACGGCACCACAAGGAGUUCAAGUUCAACCUGUCCCAGAUCCCAGAGGGAGAGGCCGUCACCGCCUCCGAGUUCCGCCUCUACAAGGAGUGUGUGAGCCGGACCUUCCGCAACGAGACCCUCCUGCUCAACGUCUACCAAGUGGUACAGGAGCACCCCAACAGGGAAGCAGACCUGUUCCUGCUGGAGUCUCGCAGGCUGUGGGCGGCCGAGGAGGGCUGGCUGGAGUUUGACAUCACGGCCACCAGUAACCUGUGGGUAAUGAGUCCCCACAACAACAUGGGCCUCCAGAUCAGAGUGGAGACCAGCAGUGGGCGGAGCAUUAGCUCCAAGGAGGCGGGGCUAGUUGGUCGUGACGGAGCGCUGGAGAAGCAGCCCUUCAUGGUGGCCUUCUUCAAAGUCAGCGAGGUGCACAUCCGCACCGCCCGCUCCACCAACAAGAACCGCAACAAGAACCGCAACCGCCCCACACAGCCCCAGGAAGGAGGCUCCAGGGGCCCAAGCCCAGCAGAAUACAACAGCAGUGACCAGAAGACAGCCUGUAGGAGACAUGAGCUCUACGUCAGCUUCCGGGAGCUGGGCUGGCAGGACUGGAUCAUUGCACCUGAGGGCUACGCAGCCAACUACUGUGACGGAGAGUGCUCCUUCCCCCUCAACGCCCAUAUGAAUGCCACCAACCAUGCCAUUGUGCAGACACUGGUCCACCUCAUGAAUCCGGAGAACGUGCCCAAGCCCUGCUGCGCCCCCACCAAGCUGCACGCCAUCUCCGUGCUCUACUUCGACGACAACUCCAAUGUCAUCCUGAAGAAGUACAAGAACAUGGUGGUGAGGGCCUGUGGCUGCCACUGACGACCGCCAAACUGCCGCGUCACCAUGGUCACCUGGCCAUGGGCUGCAGCGGAGACUGUGUGCACACGACAUCAUGGGUCUGCCUGUUUGUGAGUGUGUGUUGUGUACUACCCUCUCCUCUCCCAUACUCAGGGCGAGGAAGGAACUGAUAAAUGGACCAGACCAAUGUGCUGCUCCCCCCCCCCCUUUCAAAACUAAGUGGUGUUGAAGUUCUCAGACGGCUAAUGGCCCAUUACAGCGAAACAACUCGACGGCGUCGGGGAAUUGACUCAAUGUUAUCUCAAUACUGACAGCCAACCUGUUACAUGAUGUCAGAUGUAGUCUAAUGACACAAAACAUGUUGAAAUCCUUUUAUAGGACCACAGGGGAAAAGCAUUAGCCUAACUACACCAAUUUUAAUAGAGAUGUAUGUAUAUUGUCUGACUAACCAAAGCCUGAUUUUAACAUGAACAAUCUGCUGAAAUAUUCAUGAAAUGUAUGCCACGAUACAUUACAGUUAAUGUAAAAAGAUCCAGAUAUUUCCUACUCCUCUUUAUGGAUUGUACUCAGUUCUUCCGCCAUAUUCACCUGGCUUCCAAAAAUAUAAUAUGGGCCGAACGGAAACAACCACAUACUAUUUUAGUUGUGAACUCAUCAAAAUAUCUUCAUUGGGUCAAUAUUUGCCAAGCUCAUGCUGGGUGUUCACCAAGCUGGUUCAACAGGUAGCAGGUUGUGGCUUAACUGAUGGACUGCUCUAAAGAGGAUGACAUUCACCUCAUCCCUUGGACAUCCCGCAAACUGUCAUUUCCAUGUUAUUCCACUCACUGAGUUAACAUAUCCCCAAAAAUUGUGGGAAAAUCUAUUUGUUGGUCAAACCAGCUGAACAAAUGUUUUGAACCAGCUUUCUGAAAUUAGCUUGGGUUUGACAUUUUGAUUUGGUUCAUUUCAAAGUAAUUGCUACUGUCGAUUCAUUUACGGAUCGGGGCUCUAUUCAAUCCGUUAUUGUGGAAGUUCAGCAUUACAGCGUGAUUGAAAUUUCAAAGGCAACAUUUCUGCAUUCACGGUAAACGCUGAAUGUCGGUUCAAUUGAAAAUGACCUUUACAUUUCUAUUGCACAAUCUGUAAUCACUUCCUGAAUUGAGCCCAAUCCUGAUAAAAAAGAAUUCAACUUUGUGCCUAACCAAUCAGAAAUCACAAAAUAUACCUCUAGUAAGCUGCUGUUUACAUUUCUUGUGGUCAUGUUUAGACUUACUUUUGUGUGUAAAUACGUGUACAUUUUCAGCUUAUUUAUUGCACCACUUAAUCACAUGCCAUAUUACAGAGAAAAACAAACAAAUUAAAAAUACUAUUUUUGGAAAAAGACAUUUUAUUACAAAAUCUCAUGUUACAACUUGCCUUUUUUUUUAUUUGAUUUUUUACAAAAAUCAUGGGCAGUGUCAACCCACUCACAAAAACAAAAUACUGCUUUCCUUCACUGGAGUCUGCCUAGACCAUGUACUAUCCAUAAAGAUUUUACUGACAAUAA